AACCACUAGGGUUUUUCUUCCCCAUUCCACAAAAUCCUAGCAGCGCCGGUUUCUUUGGAUCUUUAUCGCCUUUCUGGUAACCGGUGCAGCCUUCGUACGCAGCAGUCAUUCACGCCGAAAGAGUGCUCAUUUUUGUUUUUAUUUCAUAAGUUAUAAGCAAAGAUGGUGAGAGUUAGUGUGCUGAAUGAUGCGCUUAAGAGCAUGUAUAAUGCUGAGAAACGAGGGAAGCGCCAGGUCAUGAUAAGACCUUCUUCCAAAGUUAUUAUCAAGUUUCUCCUGGUUAUGCAAAAGCAUGGCUACAUUGGGGAGUUUGAGUAUGUUGAUGAUCACCGUUCUGGCAAGAUUGUGGUCGAACUGAAUGGAAGGCUGAACAAAUGUGGUGUGAUCAGCCCUCGAUUUGAUGUUGGCGUGAAGGAAAUUGAGGGAUGGACUGCAAGAUUGCUUCCUUCUAGACAGUUUGGAUACAUUGUGCUGACCACGUCUGCUGGUAUCAUGGACCAUGAGGAGGCUAGGAGGAAGAAUGUUGGUGGAAAAGUCCUUGGCUUCUUUUACUAGGCUUGUUUUGACUCAAGUUUGUUUCCGUCUCUGAGGAGGUUUUGGGUUUAUUUUGAACUUGUUUACAGUUGGGAUUGGCCCAAAGUUUGACAAAUGGUUUGUUGUUUCAAAUUCAAGUAGAGAUUUUGGCAGCACUUUUUUAAUGUUAUCUUAUUUUUGUCGACGUUUAAAUCUGCUAAAGAGCAUUCGCUUUUAUUUCUG